AUGAAUGCCACGACAACCACCAGUCAUAGCGUUGAUGAACUCAACGAUCACCAGUCGAUGGACUGUCUGUCGUGGAGGGGAUCACAAGUGGCCAAAACCCCCGACACCGGCGAAGACAACCGGAAUAUCAAUAAAAAACACGUGACAUUCGCGGCCACGCAUUUGGUCCGGAGUGCGACCGUCGGCGGCAUUAAUAACAUCCAUAUCUCUCCUCCCAAUCAACCCAUUAGUGAAAGACUGGUGAACGGCUCUCAUAUGAUGCGAAAGACCGAUUCAAUGGAUAUGUUUGACCAGAGAUCGAGUACAUCGUCGCGGGAUGUGUCGGAUUUCCUUCCCCUUUAUAGGGCAGCGAUGAGGAGGGCUGUGAUGAAGACUCAGGCGACACAAACAGACACCACAUCCAAGAGACUGGACUCAAGCCAUAGCGAGAGCUCAAGAAUUGAGAGUAUGAUUAGGAAAGAAGAUCUGAAUUCAAAAUCGUCGACAGAUUCUAAUCAAUUAGAGCUGAUAUCGUCGGCAACUAAUGAGUUGGACUCCAGUUAUCGGUCCAUACGAUCUCAGGACUCGACGACUGUUGUCUCCGAACUCAACGACUCCUCAAUACUCACUAAUGAAGACAAACAGCGAUUGAUUGAUGAGAUUAAUGAUGACUUCGUUGACGACUCCGCCACUGAUGUCACUAAAAGGCCAUUAAUUAUUGACCCGAAGAAAGCUGUGCUCAAGACGUGCGACACAAGUAGUAUCACAUCACCUGAUAGUGACAAUUAUAGUUUCGCUGCCGAGCAUAAGACAUUUUUAGUGACUGACGUAUCAAAUCAAGGGUCGAGUUCUCCGCCGGUGGACAACAUUGAUAGCGGCGGCAGUUCUGUAUACGUGUCGGCAAAUGACACGUCCCCUCAAAUAGAUAAGGAUAAGGCUUCCGGACAGACAUCUUUCGAAACGGCCUCAUCUGGCAGUCGAUUCAGUUCUCCCCCGAGUGUUGAAAACAAAGCCAACAAUUCUGAUAAAGAAACCGAUUUUCAUUCAAUAAAACAAGAACUUCACGAAAAUUUUAAAUCAUUUCAAUCAAAAACAUCGAGACAUUUAUUAUCAGUGAAGCCAACGGAAGACAUCGGAAACGAGAAAUUAAUUCCUCAAUUAAGCGAAACAAUAGACCCGAAGGAACGAACGGUAUCUCCAGAGUCAACGGUAUCGACACAUAACAGCACUGAACAUAAUAUCGAGGACUUUGACUCCGAAGACGUCGGCGAUGUAACUCCUGUUCAGGACUUAUCCACCGAUACGUCGACAGCUGUUGAGACGUCAACUGUGAUCGAGAAUCCAAUAAAAACUAGUGUUAAACCGAAAAUACCUCCAAAGCCUACAUUUCUGUUAGGAGAUCAGAAAAUUAAUUUAACUCAAAAACCACUGCCUUCUUGUAGUUUGUCUGUCGAAAGCGUGUCUUUAGAUACAGAAUCUGAACUACAGAGCGAUGAUAACGAGGAUGUGAUCGACGACGUGAGCGGCGGUGACUUUAUUGUCCGCAGAAAUAUGUCCGGAGAGUUAUCUACCGUUUCGGAAGUGUCCGAAGAGAUCAGCUUAAAUGGAAAAUCUCAUAAAUCGGACUCCGGUUCUGGUAUUCAAAUGACCAAAAUUGAUAGAAAAAGCGCUAAUAAUGACAAUAAUGAGGCGAAUGUGAUGUCCAGUUCAGAUGCUGGAGAUAACAGGUCUAAUACACCCAGUAUUGCCGAAAGCACUACUUCUGGAAGUUUUAUGAUUGACGGCAACUUAACUGACCCAAACUCUCUGAGCGAAUCCAUAGAAAGACCUAAAUUAGAGAAAUCGGGAAGUUUUCCCAGUGUUUUGACGGAUAACAUCGAAACAUCGUUUACAGUCGAGGGAUCUAUUAUAUUGGAGAAGACAUCCAACGAUACAAAUGAGAAAGCAUUGGACAAAUCUUCGGAACCAACGAGUGUUGAGCCACCAGUUGUUAACCACACAAUCAUUACCUCUGAUAUUAUAAAUGAGACCAACGAUGCCAUUAAAAAGUUACCAAACUCUAUAUCUGCGAAACAGAUAACUAUUAGCAAUAAUAACGAUUCAAUUGAUUUGAAAUCAAAGAUUUCAGAGAAGAAAGAAGAACUGAAUGGAAAAUUAAUAGAUAACUCAGGCGAUAAUAAACGGAAUUUGACAAAAUCGAGGACAGAAUCGUGUGAUUUGGGCCGACAUUUGUUUACAUGUGAGGAAUGGAAAGCCAUCGGAAAGAGAAGGUCGCGAUCGUUGAGUAAAAGUCCUGAUAAAAGCUUAAGUCGAAUCCACGAGAGAACACACUCUUGUAAUCGACAUCACUAUCAGUGCCGUCAAUGUGGCGAAAGGGCUGUCGAGCCUUCUGUGCCUUUGGUUACGGUUAAUAAAGGCGCAUUUUCAUUUCAAAACUUCAAAUCCUUUUCAAUCGAUACGACAUAUCAUAACAAUAUUGAAGACGACGAGGAUAUAGGUAUACAUACGGAGAGCUAUAGGUCUGCCCUUUGGCUAUAUGUGGGCCGUAAAGACGAGUUGACUGUUUGGGGACAUAAGUGUCAUAAGAAGAAUCACAAGAAUAAAGUGAAUGGGAGUUCGCCUUCAAAACUGGUCCGACAGGACUCUAAUGAGAGCACACUUUCCGAGAGACAGUUUAGAAGACAAUACGAAUCAGUGACCCAUCGAAUGAUACACAGAAGAGCAUCCAUUGAAAUGUAUAAGAGAGCCAUUAAUAAGACUUUUGAAAUAGAAAAGGAGAUAAUUAUCCAUAGAAUUAAUAAUGAAUUUGGAUUCCGAAUACAUGGCAGUCGUCCAGUAGUUGUCUCAGCCAUUGAAAAGGACACACCUGCGGAGACCUGUGGCUUAGAUGUGGGCGAUAUAGUGGUUACUAUAAAUGGAUCCAAUGUUAUGGAGUGUUCGCACUCAGAAGUGGUCAAAUUGGCUCAUUCUGGGGCCGACACUCUGCGUCUGGAAGUGGUCUCUACUCGUCCGGCCCUUAACCGCGACGGCAACGGCGAGAGUGAAAUAAACGGUUGCGAUAUUGUUAUAAACGGAUAUUUAACGAGACUUAGCACUGAUUCAAAGGGCAACAAAUGGCAUAAAAAUCGAUGGUUUGCGUUGAAGACUGAUACUUGUCUUUAUUGGUAUAAAUCAACCAAAGAAAUGGAUCCUUUGGGAGUUAUUUGUCUUCAGGGCUAUACUGCCUGUUGUGCGCCAGAGCUGAGUGUUGAGCAACCGUUUGCAUUGAAAUUAGCGAAACCGGGUUCUGAUGCCAAAUAUUUGGCCGCUAAGGAUAGCGAGACAGUCAACCAAUGGGUCGAUGCCAUCAAUCAAAGAGCUAAUCACUUGAAUAAAUCGGACCCAUACGUGGAGAUAGCGCUCAAGAAUAUCGGUAAGAGUGCAAUAGGUUUGGGAGUCAACGACUGCAGCGGAUAUUUGGCUAUAUUUAGUCAAAGACGUAAAGUGUGGCGAAACCGAUACUUUGUCCUCAAAGACGCCUCACUUUACUUCUACUACGACUCCAACGCCAACACAUCUCUCGGUGUAUUCUUCCUCCACGGAUAUCGAGUCCAGAGCUGUGUUCUCAUCGCUAAGAAGAAUACGUUUGAAGCCAUUCCUCCGGAGUCCAAGUUUAGACAUUUAUGGCUUAUGGCUGAAUCCGAUGUCGACAAGAAGAGGUGCUAA